AAUUCCUCUUUUCUUCUACUAAUCUCAAUAUACUAUACUCUGUAUCUACAUCAAAAUAUACUCUGUAUCUAUAUAUCUAUAUAAUUCUCUGAUGGAGCCUAACGGUGUUGCUACCUACCGUCACCGUCGAUCACCGUCGUCCGACCGGUUCUUAGGUGUCUUCUCACCGCCGUCAUCUACCGGAGUGAUCUCCGGUGGUUCAUCAGCCGCCGGAGAUGAUUUCAGUGAAGACGAUGUGUUUUGGACAGGAGAUUUCGCGGAACAGAAACGUCAGUCGUCAGAUCCGGUUAACGGAAACCGGAAUGUUGCCAGUUACAGUCCGUCAUUCCGGCAACAGGAUAAGUUCGGUAUUCUGGCGGCGUUACCGGAAGAUAACGGCCGGAAAGUUAAUCGUCCGGUACUAAACCGUCGAAACCCUAGCAGUUCAAUCGGAUCUCCGACGUUUGGAAAUCCUAUAACGUCGCCGUCGUCGUCGCGGUUAAUUCCGUCAAUUCCUAGACCUAAUAAGCACGAUCGAGAUUUUUCAGCGUCUAUGCCGUUGAAAUUCCAGCAGUCGGCGCCGGUGAAUGUUCCGAUGUUUGCGAGGAAACCGAGAACAGGUGGUGGAGAGCUUGCUGACGUGGACAUUGGUGAAGAUGAUGAAGAGGAGAUGCUUCCGCCUCAUGAAAUCGUUGCAAGAGGGUCGAAUUCGCCUCAUACGACUUUUUCGGUUUUAGAAGGCGCUGGAAGGACUUUAAAAGGCAGGGAUUUGAGAUUGGUGAGGAAUGCUGUUUGGCGAAAAACCGGUUUCCUUGAUUGAUUGAUAGAAUUUUGUGUUUUGAUUGAUUCCUGAUGGUUUUUGUGAUACCUUCCCAACUGCCUGCCUGCCUGCAAUUUGGACUGUGAAGUUGAAGUUUUUUUUUAUUAGAGCUUUUGCAGUCUUUUUAAAAAAGGUUAUAAAUAUUAGUAUCAGUAUUAGUAGUAGUGAUUAGUAGAAAGGUGGGGGAUUAUGUUUUUAAUUUUGGAUAAUGAUCAAGUUUUUUAAUGUUGAUGAAUCUAUUUUGACA